CUACCCCAUGGCUCGCUAUGUAGAAGUAAUGUACCAUAUCAUGCACCAGACACCUCUACAGCUACAAGCACUUCUGCUACUAUCGCUCAUCAUACUACUACUGCACCUGGCCACAACCAGCAAGCAAGCAAAGGCGAAGCGUCUCCCUCCUUCGCCUCCGGCCCUUCCCAUCAUAGGGCACCUGCACCUCGUCGGCGAUCUCCCUCACGUCUCCCUCCGCAGCCUCUCCAGGACUCAUGCCGCUGACGGCCUCAUGCUCCUCCACCUCGGCUCCGUCCCCAACCUCGUCGUGUCGUCCCCACGAGCCGCCCAGGCGGUCAUGCGGACGAACGACCACCUGUUCGCGUCCCGCCCGCCGUCCAGGAUCGCCGACGCCCUCCUGUACGGCUGGUCGUCCGACAUCGCCUUCUCCCCCUACGGCGAGCACUGGCGACAGGCGAGGAGGCUCGUCACCACGCACCUCUUCACAGUCAAAAAGGUCCAGUCGUUCCGCAUCGCCCGUCAGCAAGAGGUGAAAGUGGUGAUCUCCAGGAUCCGUGAGGCCGCGGCGGCGAGCGUGGCCGUCGACCUGGGCGAGGUGGUGAACACGUACGCGAACGAUGUGGUGUGCCGCGCUGUGUCGGGUAAGUUCUUCGGGGCGGAAGGCCGGAAUAAGAUGUUCAGAGAGCUGAUCGAAGCAAACUCGGCUCUCGUCGGAGGGUUUCAUAUGGAGGACUACUUCCCAAGGUUGGCCAAGGUACGUCUUCUCAGUAGGUUCGUCCGCAACAACGCCGAGACGGCACACAAGAGGUGGGACGAACUGCUAGAAGCGAUAAUAAGAGACCACGAGAAAAACCCGAUGCACCAUGGCAGGGAGAACGGUGUCGACGAGCAAGGAGAGAGUGACUUCAUCGACGUAUUGCUAUCGGUUCGGCAAGAGUUCCAUGGCAUCACCAGAGACCAUAUCAAGGCCAUCUUAAUGGACCUGUUCGGAGCGGGCACGGACACAUCGUCUCUGGUCCUAGAAUUCGCCAUGGCCGAGCUCAUGCGAAGACCUGAUCAACUCAUGGCCAAGCUGCAAGCUGAGGUGCGACGCGGUACUCCCGCCGGACAACAAUUUGUCGAGGAGCAUAACCUGGCCGGCAUGACCUAUCUGAAGGCCGUGGUGAAGGAGACGCUCAGGCUGCAUCCACCCGCGCCGCUCCUUCUCCCACACCUGGCGAUAGCGGACUGCGACCUCGACGGCUACAGCAUACCUUCUGAGACUCGAGUCAUCAUCAACGCAUGGGCUAUUGGCAGAGACCCCGGGUACUGGGACAAGCCGGACGACUUCGUGCCGGAGAGGUUCCUCGAGGGUGGCGCCGCGGCAGCGGUGGACUUGACGGGCAAGGACUUUCAGUUCGUGCCAUUCGGGGCUGGCCGGAGAAUAUGCCCCGGUCUCAACUUCGGGCUGGCUACUGUCGAGAUCAUGCUGGCGAACCUCGCAUACUGCUUCGACUGGGAGCUGCCGGUCGGCAUGGAGAGGGACGAUAAAAUCGAUAUGACGGAGGUGUUUGGUCUGACUGUCCGUAGGAAGGAGAAGCUCAUGCUUGUCCCCAACACCCACGUGGUUGCUUGAUCGGUACAUAGUGCGUCCAUAUUUGUAUACCGCUGCAUGCGUUUUUUUUAAACAAGGCAAAACAUAGUGUGUAGUCCAGCCAAUCGUAGAUUAUGUGGAUGAGCUAUGUAAUCUCGAGUUUGACCGGUUGUGGUCGUGUUUUUUCUUCUUCUGAAACUCGGUGACUGGAACUUGAUUUAUGUUUAAUAAUAUAGUUGUGUGCAUCCUAUGAUGCACAGACCGUGGUAAUCCUAUUUUAAUUUUUUUUGCCAUUUUUAUUAAUUAAGGAGGUGGGUUCGAAACAAGGAACCCAAUAGAGGGUUCAAAUGAGAGGUCAUCACUCUCGCAACAUUAUAUUACUCGAUUGCUUAGCACCCGAAGCACCCAAAAGCUCACUUCCUCCUUGGUAGUGUGCACAGUGACCAUAGGUAGGGGUCGCGGUGUUGCGGAAGACUCUAGCAUUACACUCCUUUCAUAAUUUUCAGGAGGCAAGCAUGAACAUGGAGAUCAAGGCUUUCCUCGAGUGAGAACAAGAUUGGGCAAUCCCAAUCCUCCAAACUUUGACGAUUCUUAUGAUUUAGGUGCAUGUGCAACAUUUGCUAUCACUUCAGUUUCAUCGAUUCAGGAUAUGGGUUUUCAAAAAUGUUUCAAUACUAUUUGUUGGCAGUAGCCUAGAGCUGUACUCAUUAUGGCAAUUAACAUUGACCAUAACUUCAAUAGGGACAGUAAAAUGAAUGGAACUUGUUUAACUGAAUCCUUAAUUGGUUUGGUCAAGUCAAGAUUUAGAUUAGUUAGAACUCCGCACUGCUCUUAGAACAAAUAUCGUCUCCAACAACAUCACAACAUCAUAACACGAUAUAUGAAUGAAAAAACAUCAUCGGAACUUCUCAGAUUCAUCUUGAAUAUGUGAGAAACAUGCUAUGUACUUAGGCAUGGUUGCCGGCGCCAUGCCACUUUUUAUUUUACUGAUCGCCUAUGUGUUUGUUUGAUUUCUACCUUUUUAUUUUACUGAUCGCCUAUGGCGCAUGGUUGCCGGCGCCAUGCAACCAAACCAAAAGCAUGAACUGCAAUGACAACCUGUCAAAGAAAAUAAGAGUUAGAGGUAGUUUGGUUGCAUGCCUGAGCCUCAUGCCUGGACGAGACCGCUGCAUGCCUGGGCCUGGGAUUUUACUUUUGGGUUUAGCUAGGACUCAGUCGACUGAGACUUCGCGAAGUCUCAGUCGACAGCAUCGUACGUAUAGGCCUGCCUCGAUCGAUUGAUUUUCCUAUUCGUUCAUGUGGGCUGUGUGUACGAGGCUUUUCUUAAGUGGGCUGCUUUCCCUUUGUUUUGUCCUCCCAAAAGCUUGUCUCGUGUUGGGCUGUCUUCUUUUCCUGUGCCUAUUUUUCUUAAGUGUGCUGGGCUGUCUAGUCUCCUACUUGGUUGGUUACUUUUUUCAGUGUCUGUGUCAACGCUGCUGCCCGGCAUGGAGUGCGUCUCCAUGAAACAUAACAUAAUGCAUAAAAAAAUAGUGUGUUUGUAUCACUUGAGCACAUAAUUUUGACACAAGAAAUGGAAAUAAAUUAGAGAACAUCUCUGGUUGAACUAAAAAUGAGCUUCCUGGUGCAUGUCGUAAAAACUGCUAAAAAGGGGAAGCAGGUAGUAGAAAACUGAAGGUCGCUCUCUGGUCUAACAAAAAUGUAAUUUGGAACAAGAAUAAUGUUGCAUAUGCCUAGUCUGGGACCAUCUACUUCUUUCUUAGUGUAUAUCACUAGUGUUAGGUGAUCCGUGUGAAAAUAGAAUAUAUUUUAAAUAAAAUAAUAAGUUACACACGGAUGACGGACAUGCAAUUGUGUGUGAUCAACGUGUGAGCGAUCAAAUGAUACUAUUUUGAGAAAAAAAAGGUUGCAUAGAAAUGACGAGCAUGCAAUUGCGCGUGGACGAUUGACAUGUGGCUGGAACGUGCAAAACCAGUGGCACUAUCUUAUAAAUAUAAAAAUAUAUUAAGUUGUACAUGGAUGGGCAUGGCCAGAGUACUGGCGACUGUGCGGCCCAUGGGUGUGCAAGUCGAGUGGCGUUAUUUAAAAUAAAAAUC